AUGACACAGCCUUAUCAUCUGCAGGGUACCUGCAGAGCAGGAUCCUCUGUCCCAGACUGUCUUUGCCACAAGAGAAGAAACAAUUWCUGAGCAUCUCUUUUAAGUACAAGGAUGGCCUGGGACUCCUUGUGCAGCCAGGACUUACGGCGGCCCAGGAUACGAAGUGCCUCAAGCUGGAUGUCUGACAGUGGGAGCAGUGCUGGGACACCAUCGCUGGAGGAGCUGCGGCGCCUGCUCUGCACACGCACACACCCCACAGGGCACGUGGAUGAAGUCUGGCCGAACCUUUAUGUAGGAGACCUGUACGUUGCUCGUGACAAGGCCCAGCUGAGCCGCAUGGGCAUUUCCCACAUUGUGAAUGCUGCUGCUGGGAGAUUUCGCAUCAACACUGGGCCCAAGUUCUACGACGACUUGUCUGUGGAUUACUACGRAGUAGAAGCAGAGGACAACCCGAACUUUGAUCUCAGCAUUCACUUCUAUCCAGUUGCUCAAUACAUCAGAGAAGCACUGAAUUCCCCAAGAGGCAAAGUACUGGUUCACUGUGCAAUGGGAAUCAGUCGGUCUGCAACUCUUGUCCUCGCUUUCUUAAUGAUUUGUGAAGGUCUGUCCCUCACCGACGCAAUUCAGACUGUGCGCUCCCACAGAGGGAUCUGCCCYAACUCUGGCUUCCUCCAGCAGCUUCGGGAGCUGGACCUCCGGUUAGGAAGGGGCACAAGCAGAAGAGCAGAGGCCUUCUAGUGCCAAGAAGGUGUGUCUCCUGGCACCAGAUCAAGAAAUUCUGCCCUCACUGAAGAGUGCAAGGAUGCUGGCAGGACUGCUCUGUAGCUGCAUGGAGAAAUUCUGGGGAAAGGCUGAGCAUGAGCAAACGGUUAGGCAUGUAUUUUUUGGAUAAGCCUAYUAAUUGGAAAGAAAAUGAAAUAAAGAAGGAUUCAA